AAGAUGUAAAUGACAAUAAACCAGAGAUAGAUGUAACAUCUUUUCUAAUGUGAUAUCUGAAGAUUCUAAGCCUGGGACGUUGAUAUCUCUUAUUAGUGUUCGGGAUAUGGACUCUGGUGUAAAUGGUAAAGUUCUGUGUAGCCUCUCAAACACUUUACCAUUCGAGUUAAAGCCGUCCAUACAAGAAAAUAUGUACUCCUUGGUAACUAAAACAAGUUUAGACAGGGAGAAGGUGUCACAGUAUGAAAUAACGAUACAAGCCAAAGACCUUGGAGUUCCCCCAAUGACUGCAUUCAAAAGUUUAGUUGUAGAAGUGUCCGAUGUAAAUGACAACAGACCACAAUUUCCUCAAAAUCCUCUUGAGCUGUAUCUACCAGAAAAUAACGUCCCCGGUGCGUCUAUAUUCUCUGUAACUGCUUCAGACAAGGAUUUGGAUAAAAAUGCUGCCAUCACAUAUCACAUUUUUAGAGGCGAGGGGAAUGACAUGGCGUCUUUCUUGAAUGUUAAUUCUGACACAGGAGUAAUCCAUGCGCUAAAAAGUUUUGAUUUUGAAACCACAAAGUCGUUUAAGUUUCAAGUGGUGGCGAAUGACUCUGGAAGCCCCUCAUUGAGCAGCAAUGUGACGGUGAAUGUAUACAUCUUAGAUCAAAACGACAAUGUUCCAGUCAUUUUGUCUCCUGUCAGUGCAAACGGUUCGGCUGAAGGCGUGGAAGAAAUUGCUCGAAAUGUGAACGCAGGCCACUUGGUAACCAAAGUAAGAGCAUUUGAUGCAGAUGUUGGAUACAAUGGAUGGCUAUUAUUUUCUCUUCAGGAAGUUACUGACCAUACUCUUUUUGGGUUGGACCGCUAUACAGGACAGAUACGGACGCUUCGUCCUUUCACAGAAACAGACGAAGCUGAGCAUAAACUAGUUAUAUUAGUAAAGGACAACGGAAAUGUUUCGCAGUCUGCAACAGCGACUGUUAUCAUUAAAUUAGUGGAGCCCAAAGAAGCGUUUGCUUCGUCUGAUGUUAAAACAACCGGGGAGACAGAGGACAAUGACAUCACUUUUUACCUGAUCAUAACUCUGGGAUCAGUUUCCGUGCUUUUUCCUUGUCAGCAUCGUUGUUUUGAUUGCGAUGCAAUGCUCUAAACGAACAGAUUAUUCAACCAAAUAUCUACAAGAGACUAACUACGACGGGACACUGUGCCACAGCAUUCAGUACAGAUCUGGAGAUAAACGU